GGCACGCGGCUUCAGGGGGAAAAUGCUAUAGGCGGCACAAAAUAGUGGCUAGCGAAUUGGACGCUUUUUUCGCAGAACAAGUUGCAUUCCACGAUUUUGUGGUCGAAAAUCUACCGAUAGUGAGCAUUUCGGGUGUACAUUGUAGGGAAAACGGUGUGUAGAUCGUAGUAAGCCGUACGGUAUAGACUGUAUUGGCAAACUGUACGAAAUAUAGCUUCCUGUGUGAUAAAGGGUUCAGAGAAGCGGCAGGCCGCUAAAUAUGGCGGACGGUAGACGAGAUCCUCCGCCGUAUGGGCGGGAUCGAGUGCGCGGAUCGAUAGGAUCACAUUCGCCGUAUGAGGGUGGAGGCGGUGGUGUGGGUCGCGGUCGCGGUGGUCCACCCCCGAUGCGGGGAGGUUAUCCACCGCAAGGCGCAACGUAUCAUACGCAAGAGCGUCGCCCGGCAUGGCGCAAUCCAUCCCCCGGCCCAAGCGAUGGGUCACCGUUGCCGAGCACAUCUGCCGCCGUUUCGACGCCAGCAUUCAGUACAAACGUGCACGAACCACCACCACAGCCGGCUGUUGCGAUAGCACCGGCAGCAGCAGGUGGUAGCGGUGCCACCGCACUAAUCCGCCAGCAUCGUCCAAGUGGUCGAGGACGACGACCCCUGGCGGAUACACUGCGCACGCGAGGUCCCGAUGCACCGUCGAAGCACGGAACCACUGGGCAACCGCUUCUGUUGCAAUCGAACUACUUCAAGCUGCUGAAGCGUGUCGACUGGACGCUGUACCAUUACCAGGUCGAGUUUGUCCCGGCGUGUCCCAGCCCGCGGCUAACGCAAUCGCUCGUGAACGAACACAAAAAGCUGCUCGGUGGGUUCGUGUUCGAUGGCGUUCAGCUCUUUACCGCCUGCAAGCUGUCGAGCGAUGAGCUCGUGCUGCACUCCCAGCACGACCGCACCGGGGACAAGUACGAGCUACACAUCCAGCGUGUCGCGGUGGUGGACAUGACGGACGAAACCGGCCUGCAGGUGUUGAAUCUGAUCCUGCGACGAGCGAUGAACGGGCUAAACCUGCAGCUCGUCGGACGCAAUUUGUACGAUGCCGCGGCCAAAAUUCCGAUCCGCGAGUAUCACAUCGAACUGUGGCCCGGCUAUAUGACCAGCAUCCGGCAGCACGAAAACGAUGUGCUGGUGUGCUGCGAAAUUGCACACAAAACGAUGCGCAUGCAGACGUGCUACGAUAUUCUGCGCGAAUGUCAGCGGCACGAUCGUAACUUUAAGGACGCGUUUAGGCGGGCCGUACUCGGGUGUGUGGUGCUAACCGGGUACAACAACAAAACGUACACGAUUCACGACGUCACGUUCGAAACGACGCCGGAAAGUACGUUCGACACGAAGAAUGGGAAGAUUUCGUUUAUGGAAUAUUACAAGAACAAGUACAACCUGCGCAUCCGGGACGCGUACCAGCCGAUGCUGCUGUCACGGGCGAAGAAGAAGGAUACACGGUCGGGCGACAGUGAGCUGAUGGCACUCGUGCCGGAGCUAUGCCAAAUGACCGGGCUGACGGAUUCAAUGCGAUCGGAUUUCAAAAUGAUGCGAGCAAUGGCAGAUCACACCCGUCUGAAUCCGGAUCGACGAAUUGAGCGGUUGGAAACGUUCAACCGGCGUCUGCAAACGUCCCCCGAAAGCCAGGAAGUGCUGAAAGUGUGGCAGAUGGAGCUCGAUCGUCGUCUCGUCGAGCUGCCGGGCCGGUUGCUUCCACAAGAGAUGAUCUUCUUCUCCACUACCUCCAAUGGUGUUCAAGCGGGCGAGAACGCGGACUGGACGGCACACUUCCGCGACAAUCCCAUGUUUGCGACGGUACGGCUAAGCCGCUGGUAUCUCGUCGUCCCCGGUCGGUGUCAGCGUGAGGCGGGCGAUUUCCUAAACUGCAUGAUCACGGCCGCCCGUGGCAUGCGGUUCGAAAUCAGCAAUUGCGAGAUGGUCCCCAUGCCGGACGAUAAUCAGAGCACGUACAUCCGCACACUGGACGCGAUCAUCAACAAAGAUCCGCAGAUGAUUAUGUGCGUGGUGUCGAACAACAAGUCCGACCGGUACACCGCGAUCAAGAAGCGGUGCUGCGUCGAUCGUGCAAUCCCGACGCAAAUUAUGGUACAGAAAACGAUCACACCGAAGAGCGGCAACGUGCGCACGCUUAUGUCCGUCGCCACCAAGGUGGUAAUACAGAUGAACUGCAAGCUCGGCGGCGUACCGUGGAAGGUGAAGAUCCCGCUGAACGGGUUGAUGACGAUCGGGUUCGACGUGUGUCACGAUUCGAAGGAUAAGAGCAAAUCGUUCGGUGCGAUGGUGGCGACGCUCGAUCACGACAACCGCGGGACGCCCAAAUUUUUCUCCACCGUCAGCCACCACUCGAACGGGGAGGAGAUUUCCAACUAUCUGCCAUUGAACACGGUGAAGGCGUUGAACGAGUAUCGGCGCGAGUUUGGUGAGCUACCGAAGCGUAUUAUCUUCUACCGCGAUGGUGUGAGCGACGGCCAGCUGCAGUACAUUUACGAUCACGAGGUACGAUCGUUGGUGGAGAAGCUGGGACAGAUCUACAAAUCGGCCGGCAUCGAGCAGGAGGUGCUGCUAACGUUCUUCAUCGUGAACAAGCGCAUCAAUACGCGGUUCUUCGACCAUCGGCUUAACCCGCGGCCGGGCACGGUGGUGGAUAAUGUGGUGACGCUUCCGCAACGUACCGAUUUCUACCUCGUGUCACAGUCCGUGAAGCAGGGCACCGUUUCACCUACCGCGUACAACGUCAUCUACGACACGUCCGGGCUGAAGAUUGACCAUCUGCAAAUGCUGUCGUACAAACAGUGCCACCUGUACUAUAAUUGGUCCGGCACGACGCGUGUACCGGCCGUGUGCCAGUACGCGCACAAGCUGUCCUUCCUAGUAGGCCAAUAUCUGCACCAGUCGCCUAGCAACAUGCUCGAAAAGAAACUUUACUUCCUGUAGCGGGCCGAGCGAGCGUAGCGUACGUGCGUUUUGGUGCGAGAGCGAUCUCGCACGGCUACUUUGCCUUCCUUUUGUUUUUUUCCCCCACAGACAAGAGCACAGAAGAGCCAGAGAUUUAUUAGAGGUGUAUAAGAUUUGUUUCCGGUUUCUAUUUUUUACCUUUUUACUUUAUCACCCAUAAAACGAUGUGCUUCGUCGUUGCAGGGUUUUUCGGGAUAGGUAGUUGACAAUUUUCCGAUGGGAGAAAAAUGUUUUCUUUUGGCAUUCGAUUGAAUAUUUUGUCAAGUAGUUGAAUAGACGCGCCCAGUCUUGACUCGCUGUUUAAGACAGAAAACUUUUGCAAUUUAAAAAUAUUGAAUCAUAUGCCCCGAACAAAUUAAAUCUCGUUUUCGAAGAAGGUCAGCUAUUGAACCCCAGAGAUUGUGAGGAGACACACAAGAAAAAUGAAUCAAACUUAAGUUUUCUACUUUUUUUUCAAAACAAUUUUCAUUACAAAAACUUUUUUGAAGAUGAAAUGCAUAAAUAGUGGUGUAGUGCAAGCGCGCAUAUUAAUGAAUCGAAUGUACAGCAAGAGAUAUGGUAGCGUGUGAGACAUAUUUCGAUAAAAUAAAAUCGAAUCGAUGGAGGGGAAGAAUAAAGAUUAGAAAUUAUUAGA